GCAACUUUCUCUUCAUGAUCAAUUUCUUUUUGUUUUUCAUUGACAUUCAAAAUUAAAAGGGUUCUUUUAAUUUUGAUAUCUCUAUAGCAUAUUAUAUAUUCAUCUUCUUCCUCUUCAUAUUUAUAUAUUUCAAAGUACAAGAUUAUCCUGAUGUUAGCUCAAUCAUUUACACGAGGAAGAGAAGAUUCACCAUUUUCACUCAUGCAGAAGAAGGAGCAAAGGAUGAUGAUUCGAAAAGCAGUAUCGUCAGAUUUAAGCAAGGAGAUUGAAAGUUACAAAUUGAGAAUCAGCAAUGAAGUAGAAGAAGAAAUCAAGAUAAUGAUGAGCAAAUCAUCAUUAGUAGUGGAAGAAGAAGAAGAAGAAGAAGAAGAAGAGAUUGAAUGCAGCUGCUGUGGGCUAAAAGAAGAGUGCACAAAAUCCUACAUUUUAGAGGUCCAAAAAUCCUUUUCAGGGAAUUGGGUUUGUGGGCUUUGCUCUGAAGCUGUUAAAGAAAGACUCUUCAAAUUUCCCAACACAACCAUUGAUAAAGCUUUGAACUUUCACAGAGAAUUUUGUGAUAGUUUCAACACUACCACAAGGCUUAACCCUAAACUUUCCCUAACCACUUCCAUGAGAAAGAUUGCUCGAAAAAGUUUUGAGAACCGCACCAAUAAUUUGGGCCCUUCCAGCUCUAGUAAUAAUAAGAAUAAGCUUUCUCGAAGCAUUAGCUGUGAUCCAAGAAUUGGCCUCCAGGACUCUGACUAAUUUGUUAUUAAUCAUCGCCUAGGGCAUGUGUUGUGAUAUCAAGAGGUCCAUAGCUAGGGCAUGUGUUGUACCUUUCUUUUAAUUAGAUCUACUUUGGACUACUUUCAUAAUCAGAAUUAUGAAACUCUUUUAUUGUUUGUGUGUAUAUAUGUAUAUUUUGAGUUCAACAAACAAAUUUAGAGAUAAUGAGGGUCAAA